CUGUAAGCGCGCCGUUUGAUCUGUCGAACAAUGCGGCAUCUCCUAUCAGACUUAGCCUUGCGCCGCCAGGAUCACCCAUUCAGACUUCACCCAUCGGCCUCUGCUUUGCCAACUCAUCAGAACUCCGUAAAGCUAGCGUUCUCCAACAUCUCGCCAUCGUUGCCGCUUCUCCCAUCCCAGCCGCAUCCCCUGUUGCCCGUCCAACUCCCUUCCGCACCUCUCGCACUUUCCGCCUUUACCGCGUCGCGUCUCGUCGUUUGUGCUGCGUCCCUUCGCGGAGGAUCUCGACCUGCGCCACGCGGGUUUUCCGCGCGCGAGGGGAUGCGCGGCGGGGUGGACUCGGAGGGGCGGGAGUAUGCGUCGGCGGACGACAUGUGGCGGCAGGAGGCGGGGGAGCGCGCAGUGAGCGCGGGGGAAGCGGGAAGCGGAGAGGGGGCAAUGGAGGGGGAAACGGGUGGGAAGAAGCGCGAAUGGUACGACAAGGGUGUCAGGUACUGGGAGGGCGUGGAGGCGAGCGUGGACGGCGUGUUGGGGGGCUACGGCGCGGUGAGCAGCACGGACGCGGCGGGCAGUGCGGCGUUCCUGCAUGAGGUGCACGGCGCGCACGUGGAGGCCGCCAGAGGGCAAGGGCGGCCGCUGGUGGCGCUGGACUGUGGAGCUGGAAUUGGGCGAGUGACCAAGGAGUUCCUGCUGCAUGUGUUCAACGAGGUGGAUCUGGUGGAGCCGGUGCGCCACUUCAUCGACACCGCCCGCCAGCACCUCGCCUCGCCCCCAUCCGCUGCUGCCACCUCCCACCGCGCCGUCAACUUCUUCUGCUGCCCGCUCCAGGAGUUCUCCCCCGACGCGGGGCGCUACGAUGUGAUUUGGAUCCAGUGGUGCAUCGGCCACCUCACCGACGCUGACCUCAUCGCCUUCCUGCACCGCUGCGUGGCGGGUCUGCGGCCAGGCGGCAUCAUCGUGCUGAAGGAGAAUACCUGCCAUAAAGGUUUUGUGCUGGACAAGGCGGACAGCAGUGUGACGCGCAGCGACGCGUAUUUCAGAGACCUCUUCAAGCAGGCCAACCUGCAGCUGCUCAAGUCCAAGGUGCAGCGGGGGUUCCCCUCAGAGCUCUUUGUGGUGAAGAUGUAUGCGCUCGCACCGCAGCCUGCACCCCAGGGGGGCGUGGCGUCCCGCACACGGCAACGCAGCAAGCGACCCAACCAGCCCGCCGUCAUCUACUGACAGCCACUGCCUCCAGUCCUAACUCCUCUGCAGUGUUACCGUAGAGCUGGAUGGCUGUGCGACGUCAGAUACACUUGCAGUGCUGUGCAUGACAACAAAAUCAAUCAGUACAA